AUGAGUAAAGAAAAUGUCGAGAAUGUUCGGGUGACUCGAGCAAGGGCUAGAGCCAUGAAAGCCUCUUCAACAAAGGAACCAGCAGCUGUUAGACUGAGGGAUGUGACUAACAUUUCAACAAAAUCAUCGAACAAUAAUAAGCGAGUUCAUACGUCAAAUUUGCAGAAGAAUGAAGUUUGUAAGAAGAGAAAGACCAAGGUAGCAUCAGAAGAUAAUGCCUCCUUACAUGUUUCGAAAACCAAAGAGAAUGCUGAGACGGAGUUGGCUAAAGAUUCUUCCACAUUCACAGAAACAAUGAAAGAUUCAUUGCAACUGAAAGUUCAACCUUAUCUGGUUGUUCCCAUGCUUUCAAUGCAGGACUCUGUCAAAUCUCCAAUUGAAGAUAUAAAUCUGAUAUGUGAGAAACUAAGAACCUCGGUUGGCUUUGGAGUUGUGGACAUUGAUUCGGAGGCAAAGGAUUCUCUUGUUUGGACUUCUUAUGCCCCUGAUAUAUACUAUAAUAUUCAUGUCAGAGAGUGUGAAAAAAGGCCACUAGCCGACUACAUGGAAAAGGUGCAGCGGGACAUCACUCCAACCAUGCGGGGAAUUCUGGUUGAUUGGCUUGUGGAGGUUUCUGAUGAAUAUACGCUAGUUCCAGACACACUCUACCUUACAGUGAAUCUCAUUGAUCGAUUCCUAUCCUGUCGCGUGAUUACAAGGCAGAGGCUCCAGUUGCUUGGAGUUACUUGCAUGCUGAUUUCAUCUAAGUAUGAAGAGAUCUGCGCUCCCCGACUAGAAGAAUUUGUCACCGUCACAGAUAAUACAUACUCGAAAAAAGAGAUAUUGAAAAUGGAGAAAGAGAUACUAAAUGUUCUGCAUUUCCAAUUAUCUGUUCCUACAAUCAAAACAUUUCUCAGGAGGUUCAUCCAAGCAGCACAAUCUUCUUACAAGGUUGCUUAUCCUGAACUGGAAUUCAUGGCAAAUUAUUUGGCAGAGCUUACACUUGUUGAAUACAGCUUCUUGCAGUUUCGACCUUCCAAGAUAGCUGCAUCUGCAGUUUUUCUCGCCAGAUGGACCCUCGGCCAGUCAGAACAUCCAUGGAAUCAAACUCUUGAGCACUAUACAAAUUACAAAGUAUCGGAGCUUAAAACUACUGUCCUAGCACUGCUCGAUUUGCAACUUAAUACCAAAGGCUGUGGUUUGAAAGGUGUCCGCGAAAAAUAUAAACAACAUAAGUUCAAGAGUGUUGCAGAUUUUUCUCCGAAACCAGUGGAACCUCUUUUCUAG